UCGUCGUCGUCGUCGUUCUGCGGGGAGGAUGAUGGCGUCUCCCUGAGCUGGGAGGAGGGGGCGAGCGCCGAGAGACGUCAGCAUCUCCGCUUCCUUUGUGUUCAACGCGGAUGGCGAAAGAUGACAUGGCAGAAGUAGACGCGGCGCCGCGCGGCGGAGCGGGUUCCGCCGCCGCCGCCGCCGCCGACCCCCCCUCGGCGUUGACGUACGAGGAGUACGAAUGCAAAAUCUGCUACAAUUACUUCGACCUCGACCGCCGGGCGCCGAAGAUCCUGGAGUGCUUGCACACCUUCUGCGAGGAGUGCCUCAACACGCUGCACCUCCGCGAAGAGCGGCCGUGGCGCAUCAGCUGCCCGGUGUGUCGACACCGGACGCCGGUGCCGGACUACCGGAUACAGAACCUGCCCAACAACACCAAGGUGACGGAGGACUUCCCGCUCUACAUCGACUCCGACCCGCUCCCGCAGGACGCCUUGCCGCCCUACCCUCCGCCGCUGCACCCGGCUCUGGUGGCGCUCCGCCGGGAGGAGGCGUCGGGAGCGUCCGGCGGCGGCGGCGGCGGCGGCCAAGCCACGCCGUCCACCACCGUGUCCACGGCCACCACCCUCUCGCAGGACUCGGCGCGCUACGACAGCUGUCAGAGCUGCAAGCGGGUGGCUCUGACCACCGGAUGCGUGUGCGUGAUCUUCUCCUUCCUGUCCAUGCUGGUGUUGCUCUUCAUGGGCCUGAUCUUCGUGCACAGCCACAGCAUCCCUCCGUCCCCGGCGGGACCCAUCUGCUUGUCGGUGGCCAGCAUCCUGGCCAUGUUCUCGGUGGUGGUCACUUGGCUCAUCUGCUGGCUCAAAUACCGCCCGGACCACGAGACGGGCCGCUCGUCCACCACCGGAAACUCCCGGAGGAACGCCUGAGCUGCUGGGACUUGUCCCCUUUUUUUCUAUAAUGAAAUCAUCCUAAAUGGCCUUUAGCUGAUAGCAAACACCCAAAGGCCUUUGAGGUCAACCUUUCUCUCAUUUUCUCCGCAAAAUAUGCACUUAUACUCAGCAUCAAGGGGGCGGAAUUGGGGGGUUAAAUCACCAAAAUGAUUCCCGGGCGCGGCCACCGCUGCUGCUCACUGCUGCCCUCACCUCCCAGAGGGUGGAACAAGGGGAUGGGUCAAAUUAGUGUGUGUGUGACUAUCAUUAUACUUUAACUUAUAGCAGGGGUGUCAAACUCAUUUUAAAUGGAGAAAAAUCUACUCCCAAGUGGGCCGGACUGGUAAAAUCACGGCACGAUAACUUAAAAAUAAAGACAACUUCAGAUUGGGUUCUUUGUUUAAAAAUAGAACAAGCUCAAUCUGAAAUUGUAAAAAAUCAUAAUGUCGUUGGGGCUUUUUCACACUUACAUGUUGCGGUUAGUAGUAUUCUCUUUUUAUUUGUCGUUAUUUAUAUUUUCUGAAUAAAUUAUGUGAUAAUGUUCAUCAGUCAACCCAUUGGUGUUAAUUUUCAAUCUAUCAAUAUACAAACAUUAGUAUGGGGAACAUACUCUUAAGUCAGUGGUCCCCAACCUUUUUGUAACUGCGGACCGGUCAUAAAAAAAAAUACAAACGUGUGUGCUUACGGACUGUAUCCCUGCAGACUGUAUUGAUCUAUACUGAUAUAUAAUGUAGGAACCAGAAAUAUUAAUAACAGAAAGAAACAACCCUUUUCUGCGAAUGAGGGAGUUUUUUUGGGUCGGUGCACUAAUUGUAAGUGUAUCUUGUGUUUUUCAUGUUGAUUUAAUUAAAAAAAAAAAAUU